AUGUCGUACGAAACUGACAACUAUGACCAGCGCGACCGCUCCCCCCGUCGACGAUCUCGCUCACCGCGACGCUCCAGACGCUCCUACUCGCCCCGUAGCCGCUCACGCAGUCGCGAGGACUACCGCCGCACUGAACGCCGCUCGCGCUCCCCCCAAAGCGGUGCGCAAGGUGCAGGAGGCUACCAAUCGUACGGUGCUGGCCGAGGAGCUUCAUCGCGACCUGUCGAGAACAAGGGCGAAAUGAUGCAGAGUAUUAGGGAUUCUUCGCAACAAGAUCGCCGUGUCUAUGUCGGCAACCUGUCCUACGAUGUCAAGUGGCACCACCUGAAGGACUUCAUGCGCCAAGCUGGCGAGGUCCUCUUCGCAGACGUCUUGCUGCUGCCGAACGGAAUGUCAAAGGGCUGUGGCAUCGUGGAAUAUGCCACCCGGGAGCAGGCGCAGAACGCUGUUGCAUCGCUCAGCAACCAGAACCUCAUGGGCCGACUCGUAUACGUUCGCGAAGACCGAGAGGCCGAGCCUCGAUUCAGCGCCCCCGGCGGCGGACGCGGUGACUUUGGCGGCGGUAUGCCUCGCGGCGGCGGCUUUGGAGGUGGCUUCGGCGGCAACCCUGCUGCCGGAGGUGGUGCAGGACGACAGGUCUACGUCGCCAACCUUCCUUACAACGUCGGCUGGCAGGAUCUGAAGGAUCUCUUCCGCCAGGCUGCUAACAACGGCCAAGUCCUCCGCGCUGACGUCCACAUCGCCCCCGAUGGCCGUCCCAAGGGCUCCGGUGUUGUUGCUUUCGAGACUCCCGAGGAUGCUCGCAACGCCAUUACCCAGUUCAACGGCUACGAUUGGCAGGGUCGCAACCUAGAGGUCCGUGAAGACCGCUUCGCUGGCGCCCCUGGUGGCUUUGGUGGUCGCGGUGGAUUCGGCGCACGCGGUGGCUUUGGCGGUGGCUUUGGCGGCCGUGGAGGCUUCGGUGCCCGUGGUGGAUUUGGUGGUGGCUUUGGAGGUCGUGGAGGCUACGCUGGUGGAGGUGGCUUCGGCGGUCCCCCUGGUGGCCCUGCUUUCGACCCCAACGCUGCUCCUGCCGCACCCAACCCAUUCACAGACUAUGCUACUGCAGGCGGAGAGCCCAGCAACACCAUCUACGUUCGCAACCUCCCCUGGUCGACUAGCAACGAGGACCUUGUCGAGCUCUUCACUACGAUUGGCAAGGUCGAGCGUGCCGAGAUUCAGUAUGAGCCCAACGGUCGCUCUCGCGGAACCGGUGUCGUCGAGUUCGCUCAGGCUGGAGAUGCCGAGACAUCUAUCGCCAAGUUCACUGGAUACCAGUACGGUGGCAGACCAUUGGGUCUCGCCUACGUCAAGUACACCAACAUGGGCAACGGCGGCGAUGCCAUGGAGGGUACUGAGAACACUGGUGGUUUGACCCAGGAUCAGAUCAUGUAA